AUGGUUGCGGGUAAUGGUGGUAAUCGAUCAUGGGAAUCCAUAAUUAAGAAGAGAACUCAUGUUCUAUAUAAGAUUGAUGCGGACUCUUUGUCACAUCCUCCAGUUAGAACAUCAACAGGUGAAGUUAUUAUUACGAUUUCGCGUGAAACUCACGUUAGAAUUAAAGAUGUUUGGAAGUUUAGUUUGGUUGGUCGUUUAGAUUUUAGAACACUCAAAUUUGAUGUUGUUAAAAGGGAGUUAUUGAAUCAAUGGAAGCUGGGGGGUUCGGUUCAAUUUAUUCCGUGGAUUAAAGGUUAUUUGGUUAUCAAGUUAGACAAUGAGGAUGAUCGCAAGAGGGUUAGCUAUGAUGGUCCGUGGAAGAUUAAUGAGCAACAGCUUAAAAUUCAGCCAUGGAUGCCAAUGUUUGAUUCUGAGUCGGACAAGGUUACAAGGGAUGCUGUUUGGGUUCGUUUUCCAGCUCUUCCAUGGGAAUAUUGGGAUGAAGAAUCAUUGUUUAGAAUGUCCAGAGGUUUAGGUAAGCCAUGUGCAGUUGAUCCGCGAACCUUAAAUUAUGAGUAUGGUUAUUUUGCUGCGGUUUUGAUUGAUAUUGACUUCUCGAAGCCACUUGGUAAGAUUAUUAUGAAUGGUGAAGAUGGUGAGGAAUCUUUUGUUCAAAACUACGAAAUCCUUAAUCGGCCUAGCUUUUGUGAUCACUGCAUAUCCAUUGGUAAUAUUAAUGUUGAGUGUCGUAUUAAGAAACGUAGGGAUUUACAAGAAAAAGUUGAUGCUGAAAAAGAUCCAGAGAUCAAGAACAGAAUUGAAGCUGAGAUUGCUGAGCUAUAA